GUGUUGCUCCUGCCAUCAUCUUAUUACACCUCCUGCUCCUCCCCUCCUCCAGCUGCUCCUCUAAAGGAAACAAAACAUCAGAGUUCCUGUUUUUCUCAGGCUCCCUAUGUGAAGCGGAUCAUGAAGCUCUUCCUUCUGCUCUCUGCCGUUCCUGUGGUUUGGUGCUUCAGCUCAGGUUUGGUCUCAGACAGCUGCGUGGACAUGAGUCCCCACCAUGUUGGGUCGCCUCAGACCACAGCAUCCCCGUUCACCGUCAGCGUCGAGCAGAGCGGCUUCAGACCUGGAGAGGACGUUACAGGCCACGCCGGAUCAAAACACGACGGCUACCAUGUAGGAGGUGCUGCAGACAGGUGCACCAAAGUUGCUCCUGGUGCAACUAAAGCAGCGGUGUCCCACACAUCCGACUCCGCCAAGACCAACAUCCAAGUGAAAUGGAAACCCGACUCAGUAGGAAGCAUUGAGGCGGUCCAGUUCCACGCUUCCUUUGUGGAGAGUUACAAGACUUUCUGGGUCGAUGUGAAAAGCCCAGUUCUGAGUCUAAUAAAUGAUAACAGCACCAGCACUCCAGGCUAUAAUACCAUCACCAGCGCGGGCUGUGGUGACUCGAAGGUGUGCUUCAGUCGACCUGCAGGCUGCGAUCCAGCCACCGGUUCUCUGUGUUACUUCAUGUCAGCUCAGGUGCUUCCUGGGGGAUCCGCUGUCCGCUAUGAGAUGACAGGAACUGCUGAUGGAUAUGUGGCCUUUGGGUUCUCAGACGAUCAAAUGAUGGGAAAUGAUGACAUCUAUAUCUGUGGCAUCGACAGGACGGGGUUGAUGGGGGUCCAGCGUGCCUUUUCUACAGGACGAACAGCUCCACAAGUUCAGCCUCUGGGUAACGUGUCGGACGUAACAGCUUCAAGUCAAAAUGGGGUUCUAAGCUGUUCCUUCACUUCCAGGAAUCCGAUCUCUACUCAGAGGAGCUCAGGAUAUAGCAGCUUGUUUUACCUGCUCUUUGCCUAUGGAAACAGCCGCAAUGGAAUAAUCCAGAUGCAUCAGGAUACUUUCACCAGCAAGCAAAGGCUCCAGAUUUCCUCCCCUGCUGUUGUCCAGAGUGACAGAAACAUCUACAUCAUCCAAACACACGGCGCCCUGAUGCUGAUCGCCUGGAUGACCACAGGUCCACUGGGAAUGAUGCUAGCACGAUUCCUGAAAGGAGCAGGCGAAGGAGUGAAGCUGUUUGGCAAAGAUCUAUGGUUUGUGGUGAGUGAAAAUCAGCAUCAGUCUGUUCAGAAGGAUUUCAGUUCAUUUCUGUGGGAUGCAGUGACGUUGGCUUUAAACGUCAUCAGAUGUUUCUGGAUGCAUGCCUUGAUGAGCGUCACAGUGGCAGCUACCAUCACUGCUUUCGUCCUCGCCUUCGUAUUCGUGAAUGGCUGGGCUGAGGGAGCUCAUUCUGUGUUGGGUUGCCUGGUCCUGAUUUUAGCUCUGAUUCAGCCCACCCUGGCCCUGAUGCGCUGUGGACCACAGCACCGCUGGAGGUUUUUAUUCAACUGGGGACAUUCUUUCAUUGCUGCAUCCAUUCACCUUCUGUCAGUGGCGGCCAUAUUCACGGGUAUUCAGAUGAUGGAUGGAACCACGGACCGCUGGCUGGUAAAAGUGAUGGGGGGGUUCGCCGGCUGGAAGGCUUUGUUCUACGGCCUGUUGGAGCUGAAUCGGAGCUGGAAGCUGAGAACAGAUGGCGGCUCUCCUCCAUCUGGGUCAAAUAUGGUUGGUGUUCUGCUGCUGAUGCUCUACUUCCUUGGAAACAUUUCUUUUCUAGUGGCUCUAUUAACUGGAAUUGGAAAAAUGUCAUUUUCAUAAACAGCUGAAUCUGUUUUCUUUUCUUGAAUAAUUACCUCAAAUAUUUAGAUUUUGUUAUGAUUUAAGGAAACUUAAUUGGCCUGCUCUGUUUCAGGUUUAAUAAUAAAUAGUUAAAUAUGAUGUAUAUCAGCAGUGCGUCAUCGAAUCCUUCAACAGGAAAAAGGAACAUCUCUCCACCCUCCAUUGAUAGGAUCUUUGGUUUUCUCCUUAUAUUUUCUGUUCAAUGAUUUUGUAAACAUCUCACUUGAAACUUAAUUUAAUUAGAUGCACACUUUUAUUUGAAUACAGGCAAACUUCUUUAUUCAAAGGACAGUUUGCAACCUAAGGUUUGAUGCAGAUCAUUAAGAAAAAAGAAUUCAGUCCAGGUUUUAACAAGAACCACUUGGAAUGUAUUUAAUAUGUUCCAUGGCAGAAUACCGUAUGUUUUUAAAGUUUAAUUUGAUUAAUAGUUUUUUUUUUUUUUUAAUAAAAGUAUCCUAAUAUAUCAAAUAAAUGA